GCGACCGAUACGCGUCUAACUUCAACCGCGUACAUACAUACUACCUACGCUUCCAUGCGUCUGGCAUCCUUGACUGUAAGGCAGAUAAUACUCUUUCCAGUUGCUUAUUGCCCCGCACCACAUCGUAAUUUUCCAUUUCCCGUGUAUGGAAAACCCUUCUUUUUCCGGUUGACCCUGUCGCGUUUCCCCAAUGUUAUCGUUGAAGCGCCUGCAGGAACCCUUGGAGCCUGGAGAAUGGGAUGGAGAAGAUGACAGAUCAGGAUUAUCAUCCAACCCUCUUCAUCCGCGAAAACGUCUCCGUACGUCUAAUUCUCCAGCCUCCUACGAAGUCACCGAAGCGAGCGACAACGACAAGGGAGGAAGUCGUAAUUCCAUAAGCCACGCUUUAGAGCUUGACGAGGAUGAGCUGGAGUUGCGCGCAACACAGCUGAUCCAGGAGAAAUACUCUUUUGCUAGUGAUGAAGCCAAUGUCCCUGCUGAACAUGGCAUUCUUGAACGUGUUGAAUGUUAUAAUUUCAUGUGCCAUGACCACUUUCAUGUCGAACUAGGGCCCUUGAUUAACUUCAUCGUUGGAAAGAAUGGCAGCGGCAAGAGUGCAGUACUAACAGCUAUAACCCUUUGCCUAGGUGGCAAGGCGUCUGCUACAAAUCGUGGCCAGAGUCUAAAAAGCUUCAUCAAGGAAGGCAAAGAGAGUGCAACUAUCAUUGUGCGCAUCAAAAAUCAAGGGGACGGUGCCUAUAUGCCAGAUGACUAUGGAAAAUCCAUCAUUGUUGAGCGCCAUUUUUCAAAAACCGGAACAAGUGGCUUCAAAAUCAAGGCAGAAAAUGGGCGUAUAGUUUCUACCAAAAAGGCUGAAUUGGAUGCUAUCAUUGACUUCUUCACAUUACAAUUUGACAACCCGAUGAACGUUCUUUCACAAGAUAUGGCCCGUCAGUUCCUGAGCAGCUCAAGCCCUGCCGAUAAAUACAAAUUUUUCGUGAAGGGAGUUCAGCUGGAGCAGCUUGAUCAAGACUACCGGCUCAUUGAAGAAUCCGCAGAUCAAAUUGAGGAAAAGCUCAGGAGUCGAGAGCAAGACAUUGUGAUAUUGGAGAACCUCAAAGAUGCGGCAAAGCAAAAACUGGACAUAUCUGAUCAACAUGAAUCUCUAAGGAACAGGGUUAGGAAUGUCCGGAGCCAAAUGGCUUGGGCUCAGGUCGAGGAACAGGAAAGGAUCAGGACUUCUUUAGAAAUUGAGCUAGCUAAAGUGGACAAGAAAAUUGCAGAUGCUGAAGCUGAGUUAGGCAGCUUUGACACUGCUAUUCAAGAAGCUGAGAGUGAAACUGGAGCUGCAGCUGAAUACGUCAGACAGGCUACUACCAGACUCGCGCUGGUUGAAAGCGAAAAAGAGGAGAUCAAGGUUAGGUGGGAUGAAGAAUUGAAUCAACGUCAUGACUUGCAGUCCGAGCAACGUCAGAUACGGGAGUAUUUGAAAGCUGCAGAAGCCAGGAUCCAUGCAACACAAAGAAUGAUUGACGAAGAAAACCAACGUUUGGCCGACCUAAGUGGAGGCAGUUAUACGCGAAAGCAGGAAGAACUCAAGGAAGCAAGAGCAGAUGCUGCAGAUACUCGUACACGGUACGAGGAGCACCAACGCACCACAGGUCGUCUACGACUAGAAUUGGAUGUUGCUAGAAAAGAAGUGAAUUCAGCAGCAGCGCCAAUCGACGGCAUGAAAGCCGAUAUUGAGCAAGCUGAAAUCCUUCUUCGAAGUCUAAAUAAAGAAGGAGGGCCUAGAAAUUCAGGAUUCCACAAGCAAAUGCCGUCUCUUCUGAAGGCCGUUCAGCAAGAACGGGCCUUUACCGAAAGGCCUGUCGGUCCCAUCGGUCACCAUGUGACCUUGCUAAAACCUGAAUGGUCAUCUAUCCUAGAGAGCUCGCUCGGUACAACAUUGAACAGCUUUAUUGUGACAUCGAAGAGAGACAUGAACAUUCUUUCUCAGAUAAUGCACAAGGUUGACUGCAUAUGCCCUAUCUUCAUAGGAAGUGGUGGCUACAUCAAUACAUCGGAAUACGAGCCUGAUCCUCAGUUUGAUACGGCAUUGCGGGUGCUUCAAAUCGACAAUGAACUAGUCCAUCGACACCUGAUCAUCAACCAUGGUAUAGAGCAAAUGCUUCUAAUUGAGCGGCUAGAAGAAGCAUCUUCAGUACUCUUUGAUGGACAGAAACCCAGGAAUGUAAAGCGAUGUUACUGUAUUGACCAAACAGACAGGCGGCGGGGCAUUCAUUUGUCUUAUAAUCGUGCUGGCGACCCGGGCCAAGCGCCAGUCCCUGUAUACAAGGGCAGUCCACGAAUGAAAUCGGAUCUAGCUUCACAAACUAGGAUUCAACGUGAUGUAGUGGCGGACCUUAGGCGUAAGCUGAGCGACCAAGAAGAGCAAGUUCGAUCAGCUCAAUCUCGUGUGGAAGGCUGCCAGCAGGCUCUCACGAGCCAUGAAAGAAAGACAAACAACUUGCGAAUCGCACUCCAAAGGAAGGAAGACCAAGCCGAAGAACUCGCAGAUGCGCUCGAUAAAGAACCUGAAGUCGACCAUCUUGAUGUGCUGCGAGCCACCCUCCAGGAGGCCGAGGAGGAGAAACGUCUCAACGAAGGGUCAUUGGAAGACAGCAUGGAGGCCAUGGAUACUAUGGUGAAAACACUUAAAGCUACUAAGCAACAACUCGCUUCUAAAGAUGGUGACAUAGCUGCAUCGCAGGAAGAGCUUCGGGUGGCUCAGAGUGAAGAACUCAUGGGGCAUGAAAAACGCCGGAAGAUGAUCCGUAAUAAAAAUGCUGCGAUUGAGCGAAUCGAUGAUAGUAAACGAGAAAGAGACAGGAUAGAACAGAAAAGAGAGGAGGUUGCUGCACGUGUUAUCGUUUUCAAUGAGAAAGCCAGUCUUGUCUCACCGCGGGUUUCAGUCCCUGAAGGGGAGACUGCUGCUAGUCUCGACAAGAAACUAGACAGGCUUAAUAAGGACAUACAACGCUAUAACCAACAACUGGGCGCAUCUCGGGACGAAAUCGCGGGCGAAGCCUCGAAGGCAAACGCAGCCUACAACCGAGCGCUCAAGCAAAUAGAGGAGUUUAGGCUACUUGCUGAUGUUCUUAUAGAAACUCUCCAACAUCGCAAGAAACGUUGGGAAAUUUUCAGGUCACACAUUUCAUCGCGUGCCAAGGCACAAUUCACAUAUCUUCUCAGCGAGAGGAGUUUUCGUGGUCGACUCUUAACUGAUCACGAUGGCAAGCUACUAGAUUUACAAGUCGAACCCGACAUAACGAAAGACAGCGCUGGUCGUGGUGCAAAGACGCUUUCUGGUGGUGAAAAGUCUUUCUCACAAGUUUGCCUUUUAUUAGCGCUUUGGGAGGCUAUGGGAUCCCCCAUACGCUGCUUAGAUGAAUUCGAUGUGUACAUGGACCACAUUAAUAGGAAGAUGGCGAUUGAUAUGCUUAUGCUUGCCGCCAGACGGUCAGUAGGUGUGCAAUUUAUACUCAUCACACCGGGUUCAAGGGCCGAGAUUAGCUUAGCUCCUGAUGUCCGCGUGAAGGAAUUAGCAGAGCCUGAACGAGGGCAAACACGAUUAACAUUUCACCCGUAGGCUGGGAGGAUGACAACUUGCAUUGCACAUCAUCGUAUGUACCAGUAAAUAACGUACGAAGGAAAUGCACAUGAAAAAUUAGGCAACGAAUGUCCUAAAAGCAGCUACUAAUACCAACACAAAACUCGAUGCUUUCAGCAGCAAUGCUACCUGAAGAGCGUACAGAGGGUGACGCUUACUGUUCAAACAGUACCAGGUGCUUUAGAAGCUUGUAUAGGAUAGUAGUAGAGCAGUAUCACGUGGUCGCACUUUAAAGCAGCGUCAUUAGUGACUUGAUAGUGGAGGUGGUAAAGCACUGAGU